AUGGCGGAUGAUACGCUAAGGCAGCGCAAGGCAAUGGCCGACGAUGGCCAGGAUGCCAUCCCAGAGGUCAAGUCGAUCAAAGCCAAGUCCAAGCCCAAGCCUAAGUCUGUAUCCGCCGAGGACGAGGACGACUACACCCCUUGGGUCGACGUCCUUCGAGUCCUAACCUUCCUCUUCUUGGCCUCCUGUGCCCUCAGCUACAUGAUCAGCAGCGGCGAGAGCUUCUUCUGGGGCAUGAAGCAAAAGCCCUACUACCUCCGGGUCGACUGGUGGAAGGCCAGGCUGUCCGGGCCCAUCUACCUGAGCGCCGAGGAACUGGCGACGUACGACGGCAGCGACCCGGCCAAGCCGCUCUACCUCGCCAUCAACGGCACCAUAUACGACGUUUCCAACGGUUGGCGCAUGUACGGCCCCGGCGGCUCGUACAGCGCUUUUGCCGGCCGCGACGCCGCGCGGGCCUUUGUCACCGGAUGUUUUGCCGAGGACACCACCGCCGACAUGCGCGGCGUCGAGGAAAUGUUCCUGCCCCUCGACGACGCCGAAACGGACGCUCAGUGGACGGCGGCCGAGCUGGCCGAGCUGCGCGUCGAGGAGCGUGCCGCCGCCGAGGAGAAGGUACACGGUGCCCUCAAGCACUGGGUUGAUUUCUUUGCCAACAGCAAGAAGUACAUCAAGGUGGGGCAUCUCGUUGUCGAGCCAGACUGGCUUGAGAAGCAACCUAGGAGAGAGCUUUGCAAGAAAGCCCAAGGGGGCAGGAAAAAGAGAGAGUUCACAAAGGAGGAGUAA